CAUUACAAAAUCAACAUGGCAGCGUCCACGAAAAGUUUGGGAAACCUAGCCGCUGAAUCUACAGUAUUUUUCUUGUGCGAUAUGCAGGAAAAAUUCAAACCUGCUAUUCAGUACUUCUCAGAUAUAGUUGAAGUUUCAAAGAGGCUGACGGCGACUUCAAAGAUUCUAGAGAUUCCUCUUAUUGUUACAGAGCAGUAUCCCAAAGGCCUUGGAAGCACUGUGUCAGAUCUGGACAUUACUCACGCAGUGGGAGUGUUCCCAAAGACCAAGUUCUCUAUGGUCUUACCUCCUGUGGAAGAGGAACUGCAGAAGCGACCAAACGUGAAAUCAGUCGUUCUCUUUGGGAUUGAGGCUCAUGUGUGUGUUCAGCAAACUGCCCUUGAUCUGCUAGCCAAGGGGUUGGAUGUUCACGUAGUUGCUGAUGCCUGCUCGUCAAGGAGUAUGAUGGAUCGACAGUUUGCGUAUGAGAGACUGCGGCAGGCCGGAGUCAUAGUUACCACCAGUGAAGCCGUCAUAUUCCAGUUACUAGGCGAGUCCAAACAUCCGAAGUUCAAAGAGGUUCAAGCCCUGGUCAAGGCUGUAGCACCUGUCUCAGGGCUUACUCCAAAUUUAUAAAAAAAUCACUCUUAUUCAUAGAAAAUAAUGCAGGCCAUUGGGCAGAUUUCCUGGUGGAUGUUGAAGGACCUAGGAUGGUUGGGUCAUGUGUUUCAAGUUUUAUUCAUGUUUGAUUUGUAGGAUGGGGUUACAUUUUAGCAUUUUAUCCCCUCCUAACAGAUUUUGUUAUACUUUCAGCAACUUAUUUCUCAUACAUAUAUUCAUUCUUGCUAAAUUGUUAUACCCUGCACAAGGACACAAAUAUCUCCCGUCUCCAUUAUCUGUGAUCAGUUUACACCCCUGUAAGUUGCCUGCUGUUGUCGUAAAUCACGUUAAAAACUUUUUGAAAAACAUUUUGAUCCCAAUUUUGUUCUACAAAACCUUUGCUCUGUCUGUAUCACGGCUUGUUUUGGACAGAAAUCAUCAAGUCCACACUCAGAUUUAUAAUCAUAUUUUAUUUAAUCCAAUACUGAAUAUUCAGAGAAAAUUUCCAUUUUUUUUUACAAAAUUAUACUUCAGCUUUGCAGCAAUGUGUGGAAUAUCAAAAGAAAUGAGGUUGAACAACUGUGGAAGAGUGUAUAAAAAGAAUUGUUCCGCACCAAAUCAAGAAAACUUAAAGCAACAAGUCAUAUUUGACACCAUUUUUAAAAACAAAUGAGGUUGAACAACUGUGGAAGAGCAUAUAAAAGGAAUUUUUCCUCACCAAAUCAAGAAAAUUAAAAGCACCAAGUUAUAUUUGACACCAUGUUUAAAAACAAAUGGUUACAUGAAUAUGAUUAUUGUCAAACUGAUGUUAUUGGUAUUGUUUAUAAAAACAGUCCGAUAAUCCUGAUCCAGUUCUUAUCUCGUAUUAAUAUUCAGCUCUUCAAGGACUGGCGAACCUAUUACAUGACACACAGUGAAUUUCAACUACUGUUACAUGUACAUCUUGUAACUGUUAAAAUUUUGCACUAGGGUAAGACUUGCCUUGUGCUAGUGAAGACUGUGUUAAUAAACAAUUGUAGUUUAGUUUAAGCCUACAUAUUUACAUAUCUGGCUGUCCGUGUCACUGUAAUUCCGAGUUCUAUCACAGCAAGUGAUAUCUUGUGCAAAUCUGUUGUUUGCAAGUUCUGCUUGGUGAAGGAAUGAACAGGUGCAUGUAUUGUGGCUAGCAUUUUCACAAACUGGAUAUUGUUUUCUUCUCUCCUAAGAACGGAUCUUGCAUGAGACACAAGUACACAUGCAUAAAGAAGCCAAGUGCCUCACACAAGCUGUGAAAAAGGUGUCCAUCUUGAUACAAAAGUGCAUAAUUUUGAGUGAAUAUACAUUCAAAACAUCACCAAUAUUUUCGUCAAGGCACAUACUGCAGUCUCCUUUUUUAAAACCCUAAUCAUGCUAAAUUAACAAACUCCAUCAAUUGGAACCUUGUAAACUUGACUUGUUCCAGCUCUUAUAAUCUACCCAAUUCAGUAGGUGAAGAAGUUUACGGUAGCACCCUGCAAGGAUAUCUCUUUCAGAGUAUCAGUGGUUCUGAAAAGAACGGAGGGUACUCAACAGUUUGGAUGGUAUGCCCUGUGCAUUAUCAGGAAACCGUAGUUUAGACAUUUUAUUACUGUAAGAGUCUUUAAACUCGGCAAGGUGAAGAGAGGGUAAUCCCAAAACUGGGGGAAGUCAAGUUUAAGGAGACACUCAGUAUUUCAUCUAAUUUCUUGAGGUAUACAUGUAUGUACCCUUUAAGGAAAUUAACACACAGUAACAAAGAAUCCGCAAUUCACAUGACUCUUUUCCUUUGAAGACUAUUGGGGGGGACAAAAAAAGGAAAACAAUUAUGUAAUAUACUUUAUGCAAUAUGUAAUAAAAACAGACGGUCUUCUUACUGCCUAUUGA